AGAACAAUUGGAACAAUGACAGUAGUUACAGACAACUGUACAGGAAGUUUUCAUGGUAAAAUUUUAACUUCUACUCCGAUCAAAAAGAUCUCCCCUUAUCUUGAUGAAGAAUAAAAAGUAAGUUUAUUUAUGGAUGACUCUACUCCGAUCAAAAAGAUCUUCCCUUAUCUUGAUGAAGAAGAAAAAGUAAGUUUAUUUAUGGAUGACUCUGUCACAGGAUCGAACUUUGAUGACAGUCAUGACAGCAGAGAUCCUACUUUUGUUAUUGAUGAGGAUGAAAGUUUUGAUGCAGAAAAUGUUGAUGAUCACAAUGAUGAUAAUUGUGAUGAAUCAUCAUCACUCGUACAAACCAAAAAGUUUAUUGUGUUUGAAAAUUGUUUGGAUGAUAUUCUGAAUUGUUUGAUAAGCAAUAUUUGUAAAUGUCAUGUCGACUCUUCAGAUACCAUCAAAGAAUACUGUGGUUCAUUGUUAAAAGUGUCAGUAUUUUGCACUGGCGGUCAUUUAGUCAAAAAAUGGUUAUCUCAGCCACUGUUAGGGAAAAUGCCCGUAGCCAACUUGCUUGUGUUUGCAGCAACCCUUUUUGCAGGUCAAACAUAUGCACAUAUCUCUCAGUUUGCAAAAUUUAUGAAUUUUCAAUUUGUAAACAAAACAACAUUUCAAACUGUACAACGAGAAAUUGUAAUGCCAGUGGUUGAUCAUUCUUGGACUGUUAUGCAAGACCACAUUUUCAAGAAAAUUAAAGAUUCCAACCGUUGUCUAAUGUUGGCUGGUGAUGGUAGAUGUGACUCUCCUGGCUUCAAUGCAAAAUAUUGUACAUACUCAUUAUUAGAUAUGGAAACACAAGAAAUUGUGGUUUUUGUUAAUAUCAAACUUACUGAAACAGGAAGUUCAAGCAAAAUGGAAGUUGAGGGAUUUAGAAGAUGCAUGACAUAUUUGAUUGAAAAGGGCUUUAAAAUAGAAUUAUUGGCAACUGAUAGGCAUGUUCAGAUUAGAAGUCUCGUAACAAAAGAAUUUCCCAAAAUUGAUCAUCAGUUUGAUGUUUGGCAUCUUGCAAAAUCAAUAAGAAAAAAACUGUUGCAAAAAUCAAAAACAAGUGACUGUCGCCUUGGAUAAGAGCGAUAUGCAAUCAUUUAUGGUGGUGUUCAGCUAAUUGUCAGGGUGACAAACAAUGGUUAAAGGAGAGCUGGGUCUCCAUUGUGCAUCAUGUUGUUAAUGAACACAGUUUUGAGGGUGAUAAUGUUACAAGUUGUUCUCAUGAAAAUAUAAGUCCUGAAGACUCAAGGAAAAAAAAGUGGCUUAAAAAGGGUUCUGAAGUUCACAAUGCAUUGAAAGAGGUUGUACAGGACAAAAGGUUGCUAAAAGAUAUCGCUCAUCUCAGUGAAUUCUGCCACACUGGCAAUCUUGAAGUCUACCAUAGCCUUCUUACAAAAUAUGUUCCAAAAAGGCAGGACUUUGACUACGACCAAAUGAACUGUAGAACAGCAAUUGCAGUCAUUGAUCAUAAUAUGUCUCAAAACAGAGGUCAGAAGGUAGAUGAACAUGGAAUUGGUGUCUACAAAACAGCAUAUUCUAAAGUAGGGUCAAACUGGGUUGCAAAACCUGUGUAUAAUCCCAAAUUAUAUAAAUGGGUACCUGUUUUGAUGAAAUUAUGUAUUAUGCAGAAGCAAACAAUGGCAAUUCCUGUUAUGCAAGUAUCAGCAAGGUCAAAGGGGAAUAUUGCCCCAGUACAACCUCAAAAUAGAGCUGACCUUGUAUGUAAACUUGUGUCAAGGUUUAAGGUAGUUUAUGACCAUGCAUCAUAGGGGUCAGGCACUGAAUUAUGGAUCUGAACACGUAAUUGAUGCAAUGUAAUUCAUGCACUGUAUGUGCAUGUUGUAUUUAUUAUUGGAAUACAUUGGUGAUUAUUUUUUUCUUUUGCCUUCAAAGUAUAAUUAUGAUACAUGUUUGUUCC